GGUAGAAAACAAAAGCAGCUCUCAAAAGUUAAUAGCUUAAUUACUUCCUAAUUGCUUAAUUAAUUGGCCUAAUCUCUGUAGUCUGCCAUAAUGCAUCUUGUGCUCUGUUUUGGAGAAAAUACAUUAUGUGGAAAUAGGUGACCGAAGAGUGAGGUAUAUAACCGACAAGCACACAAGAAUAUCUGCUUGUAUGUUGGGCAGAUUAGAACGUGCAUUCAUCAUUUAGAUCAGCAACCAUUGAUAAUCACCAAUGAUUGAAUGAUCAGUAUUUGUUCGUAUUCUAUAAAACACUUGUCUCUAAGUACUUUUUAAUUGCAGGAUAACAGAUAAAACAAAGUGUCUCAUUAACAAAUAUUUGCUACAUGAAAUGCUACAUUGCUUUCCAACAUAGUAGUAGUGCAUUUUAAAUUAUGACACUGUAGUCUAUUUUAGAAACGUCAGUCAUUUUUAUGUAGGUUCUAAUAUUUUAUUUUUUACUUUUGGCUUCUACUAAUAAUGCUGUGCUUAUCUGCAUAAUGUAACUUCCUUUUUCUCUUUCUCUUUUUUAUUUUUCUUCCCUAACUUUCCAAAAAUUUCUUACUAAAAAAAUCCAAAUCAACAUCUCAAUAUUAAUGUUCAAUAAUAUGUCUGUUUGCUAUUAAUACUCUCCUUUGUGUCAAAAUAUUUUUAUUUUGCUAUGUUUAUUAACUAUUCCUUUCUGAUCAAUUGGAUAUGUCUUUAACACCUUGGGCUCUUGUUCCAUUUUGUGUGACUGGUUCUUUUCAUAUUUGUGUGAUUGAAAUGCUUUAUUUUUACUUUUUUUUUUUUUUUGCUGUUGUUAUGCUGGUAACAAUGAACUGUAAUAAUAUCUGCUAUUAAACUUAGCUUGUAGUAAAUUUGUGUGGCCCCCCUCAAGAUCAGAAGAAGAAGCAUCCUCUCCCACUGCAACUCCUCUGUAUAUCCCACCAAAUCCUCACCAUGAAACCAGUAUUUCAUUAACACAAAGUGGAAGGCCAUCUCCCACGGUUCCUCUAUCUUCUGUAAAAUCUACAUCUGCACCAGCUCCUGUCAUCACUCCUGCAGCACAAAACCGUGCAGCUGCCUGUCUGUCACCUCUGACAUCAGCGCUUACGAUUGCCCCAGAACGUCCCUACUCUCCAUUAUCUGGCUCUGCUCCAGCCCCUGCUGAUAUACCUCUACCUUCUCAGUCAACUACAAGUGUUCUUACUCAGCAAACUGCUCCUUUCCCACAGCCUUUCUCAGUCUAUCUGACGAAGCAACAGACUCCACUGAGAGCAGUCUCAAGUCCAACACCCUUACAGCAAGGGCACUCACAACCACCAGAUGAACUACCCCCAUUACAACCUGCGUUACAACAUUUUCCUUGUGAAGAAAAUGCCAUUUCAAUUGAAGACUCUCAGGCUGAGGACUUAAAUGCUGUCCAAUAUACAGGACUUCAUAAGAAGUUCUCUCUAUGUUCUCAGGAAGUGUUUGCAAUUAAUGCAGAUAAAUCUGCACCAAAAUUUGAAACACUUUCAGAGACUCUUCAGACUCAGACCCUGGUGUCCUCCCUGACUCCCGACGCAGUGAAGCGUCCUGAAUCUCCAGUUCCAAUGGAAGACAGUAAAACUUGUUCUUUUCAAGACCUACCUUUGACCAUAGAAGAAGAUAUCUCAAAAGAGGCUAAUCAUAAUUCUAUGCCAGAUGAGCAGGCUAAAGCAGUUGCUGCAGAAAGUACAACAUUUGAGGCAACCAAUCAUGUCAGUGAAUUGGUUCCUCCUGCUGCUGACAGGAAACUAUCUGUACUUUCAGAAAGUCAGUCCAGUGCUCUUCCUGAGAGUGUUCAGUCAACCAAAAUUGCAAACAUUGAAAGAACAAAUAUUGAAACAAAAGAGGUUUCGUCUGCAUCUCAGUCAGAGUAUAUUGAUGUUACUGAGCAGCCAGUUUCAUCUCAGCAGGAUUCUUUACAGGUUUCAGAGGCAAAAUCUUCCAGUCAACUUACUGCAGAUACACAAGAGGCUCAGUCAACCGUAACAGCUUCAGAUGGCUCAUUUUGUCCUCUCCCCGUUUCAGCAGUUACUUCACAGUCUGAGGUCAUUUCAAAAUGUGAACAAAAUAUAAACAGUCAAUCACAUACUAUUCCUUCACAAGCAGUUAGUGGAUUUGUACCUGUCUCAUGGGAGCAGGAGUAUUCUGCGAUGCAGUUCCAACAGCAGACACGUCAUAUUUCCUCUCAUCAGUCAUCUUCUUUCAUCUCAGAAACCAUUCAACCACUUCAAAUUUUUGCAGAUACUCCACCUACCCUACCUUUCCCUUCCCAAGCACAGGAUCAGUCAACUACCAGCCUGUCACCUUUGUCAUCAGCACUUACAGCUGUCUUGGACCAAUCAAACUGUCCCUUGUCAACUGUUACCAAAGCUGUAGCCCCUGUUCCAAUGCAGUCUGCACCUACCGCCACUCAAGCUUCUUACCCAGCUGCUGUGAAAUGUGUGGCCUCAGGAUCAUUGCCAGCCAGUGUUCAAGCUGCACAUAAUCAUGAAACUGCAUGUCCUUCCCCUCUAUUGUCAGCACUUACAGUGGCCCCAGGCCGACCCUAUUCUCCGUUAUCUUCUGCUACAAAAGUCAUGGCACAGUUUCCAGUACAAACAACGCCAGUCAGUACACAGGCAGUCAGACCUGUGGCCCCUGUUCCACUGCCAGCUGGCAUCGAAGCUCCAUUGGCUAGAGGUGCGGCUUAUCCAUCUGUUGCAAAAGUAGCUCCAUUGCUAACCAGUACUCAGGUUGUAAAACCAUCUUCAUCAAUACCAGCUCCACUGCAAACUAACAUACAGGCUCCUUCGAGUUCUGAAUGUACUUGCCCUUCACCUUUAACAUCAGCACUUACUAUUGCCCCUGACCGACCAUAUUCUCCUUUGUCCAUUUCAACAAGAACUCCAGAUUGUGUAACACUGCCAAAAACAGCAAAGUUUACUAAUGGUCCAGUCCCUGCUUCUGUAGAAUUCUCACCAAAUGAACAACUGCUGAGAGACGAAACACAGUUUCCCCUUCUUUCUGCACCUUCCCAUAAAUUUGCAGAAACCUCUAAACCUGAACCUGUAUCUAUAAAAAUUACUCCAAAACAACGGCCUGUGUCAUCUGGAGCAUUGCCUGUAAUUGGGGCUUUUAGACCAAUUAUACCAGCAACUGAAUUUAAACCUAUUACUUCUGAAGUAGUAUUAGACAAAGAACCACAUUCACCUCGACCUCCAGUUUCCUAUGAAUUGAGCACUGAAUGUGCAGCACCUCCUGCUGCCAGACCUAAGACACCAGUACAGAGAAUAGCAACUCCUACAUCAUGUAGCCGCAGUGGAACCCCGAUUCAGCAACAAAAGUACACAACAGCAGGUUUGCAGAAACCAGCCAUAAUUCCAAUUUAUCAGCAAGAAAUGGGCGAAUUUCCAGGACAGAGACCCCGAUCUGCUACCCCAACUUGUCCCAUGACUGUGCCUCGGGCUCUGACUCCUCAGCCUCUGUUCACUAAGACUGAAGUUCCAUAUGCUCCACAGAAACCUUCAGCAUCAUUUCAACGUCAGCUUCCUCCACAUAAACCAUAUGCAUCCUAUCAGCCUGCUGCCCCUGCUGCACCACCUGCAGCUGUACAGCCUGAACCACUGAUUCAACAAUCUCUCAUGCCUUUCCCUAACAUCCCUCUUCCAGAAGUCACCGAAACAGAAUCUCUGGACAUAGCUUCUAGACCUGUCACAAUUCCUCAACCCCAGCCAUUCUCUGCUCCACAGAACCUACUCCUGGGCCCUUCUCCUCUGUCAACCACACAACCCUUGCCGUUGUGCCCUGUCCCUAAACUUCCUACUCCUGCAGCCCCUCAACCAGUGCCAUCAGCUCUUGUUGUUAAGCCAUCCCCUCUGUCAGCAUCACAGUCUAAACCUGCAGCCCCUAACCCUUCUAUCAGUACCACAAUGCCAGUAGUCCCGAAAAUUGUUCCUGUUUUGGCCACUCAGCCAGUUUCUAUAGCUAGUACCCCUUCAGCUCCAAGUUCUUCAUCAGUCCCAAAUGCAGGUGGUGGCGGUAUUGGUGUACCUGGUGGGGUCCAGAAGGGUGCAAGCAUUGCUGGUUCAACAGCCCCUCAUAGGGGAAGGGGAGUGCUGACCCAACAGAGCUCAAUUGCAGGGGGCAGGAUCCCCUUAUGUGCUCACUGCAGUUCACAAAUCAGAGGCCCAUUCAUCACUGCACUGGGCAAGAACUGGUGCCCAGACCAUUUUGUAUGUGUGAAUGCCCAAUGCCGUCGCCCACUGGCAGACAUUGGCUUUGUAGAGGAGAAGGGAGAACUAUAUUGUGAAUAUUGUUUUGAGAAGUACUUGGCUCCCACGUGUGAUAAAUGCAGCACCAAGGUCAAAGGAGAUUGCUUGAAUGCUAUUGGCAAGCACUUUCAUCCAGAAUGCUUCCUGUGUGCUUAUUGUGGCAAGCUGUUUGGAAACAACCCAUUCUUCCUGGAAGAUGGAUUGCCUUACUGUGAGGCAGAUUGGAAUGAGCUAUUCACAACUAAAUGCUUUGCUUGUGGUUUCCCUAUUGAGGCUGGAGAUCGCUGGGUAGAGGCUCUCAGCAACAAUUAUCAUAGCCAAUGCUUCAAUUGUACUAAUUGCAAGAGGAACUUAGAAGGCCAAAGCUUUUAUGCUAAAGGAGGACGACCUUUCUGCAAGGCCCAUGCUCGUUAGGAGUGCAACACUAGUAAUCCAGUGAGUCACUUUUACCAUGAUGACUGUAGUGUGUGCUACUGGCAGUGAUUAUUUAUGAAUUCUAUGCAUAAAAAGUCUUUUAUUUUUUGCUUCCAUUAUUGAACUUAACCAGAAAUAAAUCAGUAUGUUUCUAUCCAUCCAGAUUUUUCAGUUUCAGUCAUUAGAGAGACUGUUAAUUUGAAUGUUUAUAAGACCAAAUACCUGAAGUUGGAGAUCCCUAAUUGUGGUUUCAGCAUAGGUUAUCUAGAGAGAAAGUGUUAGAAUUUAUAUAUAAUAACGUAUUUACCCAUAGCACUGCCAAGUACUUUAGCCCUCUUGUCUCUAACUUUCAGUAUCUCAGUUUGCCGUGUAUAACCCCCCACAUAAACCAUACUCCUGUCCUUGCGUGCCAGUAUAUGCCUUCCAGAAAUAGUGUUUAAUAAUAUUAGAAUGUAACAUAAUGUAUGAUACUCACAAUUUAUAAAAUUGUGUUAAAGAAGAAAAAGAAUCAGAUAUUUAUAUUCAGAAAUGUAUUAUAUUAAAUUCUGUGGCUGACAGUGCCUUCAUUAAAUUCAACAUACCAAGAAGCAGUAGCUGUCCAGUAGUGGUGCAAUGGGACUGAAGUAGGAUCAGUGCUAUGUCCAUAAAAAUCAGUGACCUAUGAAAUGUGAACUUUAAUUUUAAACUUGUUAUUUACUACCGUAUGGUUUUUCUUGAAUGACAGGAAGCUAACCAUUUCAACAACAGUACUACUGAGAUAACUUACUGUUAAUAUGAACAACAUUAUAACACCCAUGGAAAUUCUUGCUUUAUGAAGUUGUCACUGUGAGUCAAUAUGUACUUGUGUAGACAUGCUAAGAAAAUUAUACAGAACUCAAAUAACUGUUUAUCUCUCUGUGGACUCCACAUUUUUUUUUUCCAGAAGGUUUGUAGAAGUGACCAUUGUUACAAUUGUCAAUUACAAUUGUCAAUGAACUGGGAAGAACAAUGUGACAUCUUUUUAUCUUAGUAUUGGGGUACAUGCCUAGAAGGACAUAAGAAAAUGACAAACUCUCGGUAACUAUAAAUUUUGCGUAUGAUCUGAUCUAAGAGCAAAGCAAGUAGACACUUUACAUAUUAAGAUGAAUCUUUCAGGUGAAACCUUUAAUCGAUAUCGUAAAUCAUAGUCAUUGUGUAAUAUAGAUAACAUAAUAUGUUAAAUAAUUGUCAGAUAACAUGGGGUGCUUGUAAAUGUUAAUAGCAGAAUUCUCCCCCCUUCUGUUUUGUUGUUUUAUUAUUUUUUUUAUUCCAGUUAACACAAAUUCUUUAAAUUUCCAAGCACAGCUUCUUGCAGAUAGGUUCUCUUCUGCAGUGGUACCAUAGCUCACAAUGUUUAUGUACUAAGCUUUGGAAAAAUUUUAUAAAUACACAUUUCUAUAGACACGGAUUGUUAGUUGUUGAGCAGUCUUCCAUAUCUUAAGAUGUAUUAAUUGUUUUAAAUGUGUACCACGGAUGGUAAUCACAAUCAGUAAAUGUAACAUAAUGAAAUAUUAUAGAUCCCUCUUGUUUUGAAAUAGCCUCAUGUUGUAAUUUUUCUGCUUCUUAUUACUCUAACAAUGAAGAUACUAGAAUAUAUUAUUCAGGAUGUACUGAUUCAUUUCGUGAUUAUUUUACAGACAUUUUAAUUCCUUUAUCUAGAAUUGGGUUUAAUAUGAACUUAGUAUAUCUUAAAAGAUAAAUUAGUCCUAAACUAUUAAUAAUGUUGUAAAUGUUACCAUGAUCCUCCUCUAAUUUGAUCAUUGUUGCAAUGCUUGCCCAAUGUGUUUAUGUUUAAUUUCUUGCAAUCCAAUUGCACUGUUACUAUAGUGUACUUAAAAGUUGUUUUGUUCAUGAUUGAAAAUUUGAAAGUUUUUCUGAAGAUACAUUUUAACGUAUGCAGUAUGCCCCCUCAUUAUGUUCUGGAAAAUAUGUUUGUAUUGUGAAAUCCCGUAUCACCAAAUCUUUCCAUGUCCUCCCAUGCUGGACUCCCAAGUUGAGAUGGACUCUUACUUAAAUGUUUUUGACUCACAGCUAUAAUAAACAACACUUCUUUGCCCAUUAGAAGAAACAGUAGGUAGGUACUUGCCCUGUAAGUUGAUGGCCUGAUGGCCUUUCCCCAGACAUCUUAAAUAAGGGUAACACAUUGCAGAGCCAGAAAUAAGGCGAAAAUAACAGUAUGCUACGAACCACCCCCCUCUGUCAUUGACACAUGCACACAUGUGAUCUGGAUUUCAUAAGAAUCAUUUCUGGGAGGAUGACUGAAUUUAUUUGUGUUUUGCUUUUAAAAUAAUACAAAAUUUCGCCACAUUUACCUAAGGGUGAAUUUAUGGCCUGUGUCCAAAAUUUUAUGGUCUUUUUAUGAUAUCCAUAAUCUGAACAUCUGUAACAUUGGGGUGUACUGUAUCUGUAAAUACAAAAAAUGAUAUAUACCUUCAGUAUACUUCAGUACAUAUAUGCACUGAACUAUUGACAAGGUAAUAAGAAUUGUGACUGAAAGAUGUUGAAGUUGUGUGCUACUGUUAUUAUAUAUUUAUUGUAAUGUCUGAUGUAAAUGAAUAAAUGAAACUUUGCAAAAAAUGAUGAAAGAUUUAA